AACGCUAAUAUCCCGGAAGCGGGUCUCCUUUCGGAGAAGAUACCGGCCCAAAAGAAAAAAAAAAAGGCCUGCAGGGGGACUCCACCAUUAUCACAGCUGAUGGGACUUAUCGCAGCAAAGGGGAAUCUGGAAGCGGCCUUUGAUCGGUAGCUGGUGGGGAUGAAGGCAGGUUCCCGGAGGUUACUUUAACUAUUUUCUGUCUGUCAGUUCUUUGCUGUGUCGAGCCCUGUUGGCGCGGCCGGUUAAGGUUUGUGUUGAAGGAUAGCCAUAGGUCACGGGCAUGUAUUUAACCAAUGCGGAGCUGUGGAGAACAUACUGGGAGUGUGUUUCCAGGCCAUACACGGUGUUCAUCUGCUCCCUGACAGCCGCUCUGUACUAUCUGUGGGGCCGCAAAUGUCAGAUCCCCAUCUUAAUAUGCAGUGAAGCGUUCAGUGCAUUUCUCUAUAAGCACUGUCCUGUGGUAUCGGAGCGGUUUUGUCCCACUCCCUGGUGCUGGGGAGGGCGGCUGCAGACGCUGGUCUGUGCGCUGCUUAAAUCAAAACCCACUGUCUUUUAUCGAAAUGAGCUGAUUCGUACUGUUGAUGGUGGUCAGAUCUCCUUGGACUGGGUUGACAACCAUACCAGCAGGACUUACCCUGAAGCCAAAACUCGUCCCACUGUGCUGAUCCUACCAGGCCUGACGGGGAACAGCCAACAGGCUUACGUGCUUCAUGCUGUCAGCCAAGCAACAAGACGGGGUUACAGAUCUGUAGUCUUCAACAACAGAGGAGUAGGAGGGGAGGAGUUGUUGACUCCUGUCACCUACUGCGCUGCUAAUACUUCAGAUUUGGAGCGAGUGGUGCAGCAUGUGAAAGGCUUGUACCCUCAGGCUCCUGUGCUUGGUGCUGGUGUAUCUCUUGGAGGUAUGAUAUUAUUAAACUAUUUGGCCCGUAAGCGCACAGAGUCAGGAAUGGUGGCAGGCAUCACGAUCUCCGUAGCCUGGGAUGCACUGAGGUCAUCGGACUCGAUGGAGGAACCUCUCAACUGGCUUCUUUUCAACAAACAUCUCACCAACGGCCUGCGUCAAAAAGUUUCUAGGCACAGGAAGAUUCUGGAGAAAGUGGUGGAUGUGGACUACGUCCUGAAGGCACGGACCAUCCGCGAGUUUGACGAGCGUUUCACUUCCCACCUGUUUGGUUACAAGACUUGUGUAGAUUAUUACCGAGAUGCCAGCCCUGCCAAAAAGCUCCCCAACACUAGUGUACCUAUCCUGUGUCUCAACGCUGCUGAUGACCCAUUCUCUCCGCAGAGUGCAUUCCCUGUUGCCAUAGUCCAGGCUCUGCCAAACGUGGCCCUGCUGCUGACUGAUCAUGGGGGACACAUUGCCUUCCUGCAGGGUCUGUUUCCUCGGGGGGAGAGUUAUAUGGAGCGCCUGUUUGGCCAGUUCGUCCAGGCAGUCUUUGAACAUCCAGGGGAAAUCAAAAGAGCCUGUAGAAUAAAAAAAGAUGAGCUUUCUCAACACCAGCACGACUGUAAACAAUAAUCAACUACAGAAAUCGGAACGUAGGAAAACC